GUGGAGGAGGAGGAGGGGCAGAUCCUGCAGGACUUGACUCGCAGUAGCUUUUUCAGCCACUGCCGCGCUCGCAGGCAACUUGGGCAGACUUAUGGGGGACAUCUGAGCCUCGGACAGGACCAGAGUGGAGGCUGAGGGCUCGAUCCUUGAGGAAGAAGAAGCUGGAAGACCUGGACUUAAAGGGCUCUGCCUUCCUCUGCUCGCCCUGCCUCCCGCUCUCCCUGGGCUGGACUCCGCUCCGCUCCCGCGGUGCAGGAUCGUGGGAAAACUCCGCAGAUCGCUGCACGAAGCUGGGCUGCUGCUCUCCAAGUGACGCCGAGGCGGGUCCAACUGCGUGGAGUGAUCUAGUUGCGUUGGGGGGCUGCUUCGUUUUUCUGCCCCCCCCACCCAACCGCCCCCCGACCUGCAUUGCAACUCCGUGUGUUUGUCAUUGCAUUGCGCUGCACCCCCCCCCCCCUCGUGCACCACUACUGCAAGGCUGCGCGCGUGCACCAACUUGCCAAGCGUGCUUCUUGUUUUCUCGUGCCAACAAAAAAAAUGAAUUGCAAACCAGAAGAGGAGUUGCAGUGCAUGAAAGCGAUGGGGGUGUGACUGUGCGCGUGCAUUUAUUAUUAUUAUUAUUAUUUGAAUUGGGGUUUUGGAGCUGAUUUGACAGACAUGGCCAGCAAGAAGGAGAAGGUGUACGACAGCCGGCAGAUAGUGGAGAAGUAUCUGCACCACAAGCUGGCCAAGAGCGGUCACGCGUGGGAGGAGGAAGGAGGAGAAGAGGGAGAGGAGGAUGAAGAAGAAGAAGGAGGAGGAGGAGAGGAGAACAGGGUGCACCAGGCUCCGGCGGCCGUGCACGGAGCGCUGAGGGAGGCGGGGGACGAGCUGGAGCGCCUGUAUCAGUCCGAUCUGACCGAGAUGGCCGGGCGCCUGGAGCUGGAGCCCGCGGUGGCGAGCCGGAGCUUCGCGGCGGUGGCCGACGAGCUGUUCCGGGACGAGGUGAACUGGGGGCGGAUCGUGGCGUUCCUGGAGUUCGGCGCGGCCGUGUGCGUGGAGCGGCGGCGAGCGGCCGAGAGCAUCACCGCCGACGUGGCCCGCUGGAUGACUGAGUAUCUAAACGGGCCGGUUCUGAAGGGAUGGAUCCGGGACAACGGAGGAUGGGAUGCCUUCGUGGAUCUGAACGGCCGGCAGAAGGAGUCGGUUUUCAGCAGUUCCUGGCCGUCCAUAGUGAGCGUGUUCAGCCUGGCGGCGCUGGGGGCCGUGGGCUUCACCAUAGGAGCGUAUCUCGCUCAGAAAUAAACAGCUCCCUCCUUCUCCUUCUCCUUCUCCUUCCCCCUCCUCUCUCUUUGUCUUUCCUCUUGGCCCCUCUGAGAUGCUCCGGUCCUGGACACGCGUCUCUUCAAAGACGUUCCCCUCCGCUCUCUCUCCCUCAGUUUCAAAGCAAAAGCGCAAACAGCAGGAAAUGGACACGCCGCCCCCACUUCAGAAAUGGGAGGGCACAGAGGACUGAAACAGAAAAAAGACCAGGAGAAAAGGUGUCUGGUUCCGUUUAACAGUAUCUUCAGGGGUGCUGGUGUUUAUCUGUGCAGUGAACAGGUUCACAAGUCUUUCCGCAUUUACAUGUUCACCAUUCAUACCGGAUUAAAAUCACUCCACAAUUAUUACAGUCAGACUAUAAAACUACACACUGCAGAUUCAUACUGGAUUAAAAUCACUCCACAAUUAUUACAGUCAGACUGUAAAACUACACACUGC